AUCCCGCUCCUGAGGCCCAAACAGUAUUACCAAAUCCUUUCGGGUGGGAGAGUGGAUAAGAGUGUGUAUCCUUCCCAGCGAGCUCAACGCCAGAGCAGAGAACGCACACCGCAAUGGCGUCGCCGUCGUGUGCCUCCACGCUGCCCUGGACCGCCGCCGCCGCCGCCUCAUCCCCCUCCUCCGCCUUCUCCUCCCCGAGCCGCCUCCAGACGCGACGCGCCCCGUCGCUGGUCAUCGUCGCCCAGGGCAGGGUCAAGAAGUACCGCCAGGUCAUACUUAAGGAUGACAUCGACGAGAUAAGUGGCAAGAAGGGGGACACGAUGAAGGUCCGGGCCGGGUUCUACCGCAACUUCCUGCUCCCCAAGGGCAAGGCCACACUGCUCACCCCCGACGUCCUCAAGGAAAUGCAAGUGGAGCAGGAGAGAAUCGAGGCUGAGAAGAAGAGGGUAAAAGAAGAGGCACAGCAACUCGCGCGAGUCUUCGAAACCAUCGGGGCGUUCAAGGUGCCACGUAAAGGUGGCAAAGGAAAGCAGAUCUUCGGGAGGCAAGUCCUAGUUGAACAAUUUCAUCGUCUAUCUUGUUUUCUCCAGUUCACAUCCUCACACAGAUUUCCUCUGCCGUACACAGCGUCACGGCGCAAGAUCUCGUCGACAUCAUCAAGUCGCAGCUUAACAGGGACGUGGACAAGCGGCUGGUGGAGGUCCCGGAGAUCCGCGAGGUCGGGGAGUACGUCGCAGAGAUCAAGCUCCACCCCGACGUCACAGCCAAGGUGAGGCUGACUGUGUAUGCCAAGUGAGCCGGUUGCAAGCAGCACAUUCAGUGGAUGGUGAAGUCUGAUCUCGCCACAUGUACUCCGAACAUCCUGCAACUGUUGUGCCUGGGAGCUAGCGAGGAUGGGUUUUACAAAAAUGUUGCUCAUGGGCCAUGGCCUUGUAUACAUUAGGAGAAGCGUGGAGAAAGCGAAAGCUGUUGAAGUUUUUACCAAGUGAAUAUGUGAAAUCUUUUUUUGUUCAUUUGUCGGCAGAUAUCCAUUUUGCUAAAUAAAUUAGAUUUUCCAUC